UGCAUUUCAUGACCAAAACCCUAACAUUUGCCAAGGAUUACAUCUCUUAUCCUUCAGAUCAUUUGUUUUUACAUUGAUGAAUUGUACAAUUAAUAUGAAAUGGGGAUUAUAAAUUAGUUGACUUCAAUUUUGGAAAGCUGACAUAAGAAACCUUUGUUUCAGUUUUACCCUUUUCAGACGCUUAUAAAUGUUAGCAGAAAGCAUAACAGAAAGUAGAAAAACUAGCUGUGAAGUUAAGGAAAAACAGAGGAAACUCAGGAAACACUAAAUUCUGAAGGAAACCCCAAAACCGAAUCAGCCGUGAUCACAUCAAACGCUAAACCAUCUUCACGUUAUUUGUAUUGAAUCAUAUUCUCUUUCUUUUCAGUAUAUCUUUUGUUCUUUAUUCAUGAACUUGCAAAUAAUUGAAUCUCCUCUGUAUUUGGAUAAUUUUAUUAAUGCAUGAACGGGGAUCCAAAAAGACAGAAAAGAAUAUAAAGCGUUUUUCUUUUUUUAUCUUUUUCUCCUUUAUAGAGUGAUAGGUUUUGGUUGUCUUCAUUGGAUUGGUAACAAUGGCGGAAGAGUUGGACAUUGAAGCUCAAUCUAAGGCUGUAGAUCAGUCCAGAGCGACUGCCAUCUUUAAGAGUACAAAUCACCCUGUUAUUUUGAAGUUUGUUGAUGUUGUCUAUACGAUCAAGUUUGGGAAAGUAGGCAAUUUCUUUGCAAAGAAAUCGAGUUUAGAAGAGAAAGUGAUUUUAAAUGGGAUCACUGGAAUGGUUCAACCUGGGGAAAUGUUAGCAAUGCUUGGUCCAUCAGGAAGUGGCAAAACAACUCUACUAACUGCAUUAGGAGGCCGUCUAGGUGGGCGACUCAAUGGAGCCAUAACUUACAAUGGCAAGCCUUUUUCCAAUUCAAUGAAACGAAAUACAGGAUUUGUUACUCAAGAUGAUGUUCUUUACCCUCACUUGACAGUGACUGAAACACUUGUAUUCACUGCCCUUCUUCGAUUACCGAAUAGUUUUAGUAAAGAAGAAAAGAUCACUCAUGCUGAAGCUGUGAUCACUCAACUUGGACUAACCAAGUGCAAAAAUAGCAUCAUCGGAGAUCCAUUUUUGAGAGGAGUUUCCGGAGGUGAACGAAAAAGGGUUAGUAUAGGUCAAGAAAUGCUUAUAAACCCAAGCUUGUUGUUCUUGGAUGAGCCUACAUCGGGUCUGGAUUCAACUACAGCUCAAAGGAUUGUGUCAACAUUGUUGGAGCUUGCUAAAGGUGGAAGAACAGUUGUGCUGACAAUACAUCAGCCAUCGAGCAGGCUAUUUUACAUGUUUCAUAAGAUUUUGCUGCUAUCAGAAGGUAACCCUUUGUAUUUUGGACAAGGAUCGGCUGCUAUGGAUUAUUUUUCCAGCAUCGGAUACGCCCCAUCAGUUGCCAUGAACCCUUCAGAUUUCCUGUUGGAUCUUGCAAAUGGUAUUUCAUCAUAUGAGUCACUAAAGGAGCAAACCCUGGUGAAGAAAACUCUAAUUUCUGCCUACAAGACCAACAUUGCCGAGAAAUUAAAGGAUGAGCUUCAGGAAAUCAGCAAUCACCCUCCGGAUGUAUUAGAAAACAAGAAAUUUGCAAGGUGGGCUACAACUUGGUGGCAACAGUUCACGGUAUUGCUUCAAAGAGGAGUAAAGGAAAGGAAGUAUGAAUCAUUCUCUGGCUUCAACAUUGCCGAGGUCCUGGUUGUUGCUGUCCUUGUAGGAUUAUUAUGGUGGCAAUCUGAUAUUGCUCACUUGCAGGACCAGGUUGGACUCCUCUUCUUUACCUCAGGAUUUUGGGCCUUUUUCCCUCUAUUCCAAGCAAUUUUCACCUUCCCCCAGGAACGUAUGAUGCUCGAAAAGGAACGGUCUUCAGGGAUGUACAGGCUUUCCUCAUACUUCAUGUCAAGAAUGGUUUCUGAUCUUCCCAUGGAGCUUAUUCUUCCCACUGUUUUUAUAACAAUAACAUAUUGGAUGGCAGGACUUAAACCCACAGCUGGAAAUUUCCUGCUAACUUUAUUUGCACUUCUUUUUUGUGUCCUUGUCUCUCAAGGCAUAGGACUAGCCAUUGGUGCCUUGGUAAUGGACCAAAAAACAGCCACCAUUCUUGGUUCAGUGAUUAUGUCCACUUUCUUACUCGCCGGCGGGUUCUAUAUUCAACAUGUUCCUCCUUUCAUAUCAUGGAUCAAAUACAUUUCCAUUAGCCAUUACACAUACAAACUCCUCUUGGGAUCUCAAUACAAGCCAAAUGAAACUUACCCUUGUGGUGAUCCUGGAAAAGUUUGCUUGGUUGGAGAUUUUCCAUCUAUAAAAACUGUUGGCCUUGAUGGGCAGCUCCUCUCUGCUGUUGCCCUUGCCUUAAUGCUUGUAAUAUACCGGCUGAUUGCUUAUAUGGCACUCAUGAGAAUUGGGGUAACCAGAAAAUUAGAUCACUAGCUCAACCUUUUCCAUUGUGCAUUAAACCAAAACAGAAACUUGUAUGACUUUAACUUACAUAUAUAAUUGUCUUUCAUUUUUUGCGUUCAUGUUUGUAGCUUGUAUACCAUAUAAAUGAGAAGUAGAGCAAGAGAAAAUUUCUGGCCAUUUCACUGAUCUCAUGGUAGUGGUUAUUUUCAUCUUAAAUUAUUUGAAAUUAGACCUGGUCUAGCUUGAUUUCAGUACUGUCUGGAAUAGGAAUUUUCAAGCUUGAAAUCAUACUGCAAGGCUCGAUUUAGGUUAUUAUUUUAUUAAUAAAAAAUUAGUUUUAUUUAAUUUUAAAAUAUAUUUACAAAUUAAUAUAAAAAUAACUAUUUCCUUGUUAUUUUUAUAUGGUAGAGAUCAUUCCAACUCUAACUAAAUUAGCUGUUCCCCAUGACAACCACAAAACUCGAAUCACUUAUCUCACAAUUCCCCAAAUUGUUGGCCUCCUGGUGAACAAAUUUGGCCAUUGCUUUAACUAAACAUGGAAAAGGCCAAAAGACCAUGUUACUCUGUCAUAAUUGUGGCAGUAUCAGACGCUAUCAGAUGCACCCCAGCCAGGCUUGAGUCAUUCCCUCUUUAAUUUUCCCUUUGUGCCAUAUGUUUUAGCCACAAGUGCAUGAUAUUUCAGAGGAGCAUGUGAUAGGUUUUUGUAUGGAAUUUGGGUUUUAAUGGUUGUCUCAGAUUUUUUGUAUUUUUUGGGUCCAAGUCACAUUAGAGUUCCAGGCUGUAAGUUGGUCGUCGAUUGGCAUGUAAAAGCUUUAGCUUCAUUAAUGCCUACACUUCCUCCAUGCCUAUUGUCAAUUUGUCCACUCUGUUUUAGCACAACGGAAUUUGCUAUAAUUAAGAGGGCAAAUUGUUACUCUUUUAAUAAAAAAGCCGAAUGAACUAAUUUUCUAAAAGAAAAAAAAAAUUAGUGAGGAAUUUUCUAAUCAAUAAAACAGAGGAUUGAAGACAUUCUUCCUUGACCUUGUUCAGAAACCAAGAUUGUGGCGGCAAGUAUAAGUUGAGCUAAUCUUCUUUCAAAAUUCCAUUUUGUUUUUUAUGAUUUAAAAUGUAAAAACUACUUGUUUCCAAGUCUAAUUUCCACUUAAUAAAGUGGUUAUCCACAAUUUUCCAAAUCAAAACAUCCAAAUUUCAUUCUUAUCAAAAAAAGAAUUCCCAAAAAUUCUAGCCAAUUCUGCCUAGUUGCUUAUUGAUGACACUCCUUGAUUCACAUCCAAUUUUGACCCAUCAGAAAUGACUCAAUGAAGAACAUUGACUAGUAAAAUAUUGAUUUUUAGAUUAGGCACCGAUUUUUUUAAGCAAUUUGUUAGUAUCAUUUGCUUAUUGGGCCUUUGCCUAACCUCACAUUCACAUUCCAGAAUUUGGACAGCAAAGAAGGUAUGAAAACACACCUAAAAUACAUCAUCACCAUUGAAAAACCAACAACUAGAGCCAUGAUGUAAUGUCCUAAGCUG